AUGUCGCUAUCCAAAGCAGAGCUCUCUCUGCAGGAGAAGCUGGACCUACUGCCAGCAGUGGCCUCUAUCAUCGCAGCGGCCUUCUAUGCUCUCCUGACUGGGAUUCGGCGCACCGAACGCCAAGCAACAACUCUAUCCCUGCAUACGGGAUAUGCACUGUUCCGUCAGGCCACCGCGCGUCUGAGCCCAAGUCAGAUGCAGUACAUCUUGCCAUCAUCCCACAAGAUCUAUGAAUUGUACCUGAAGAAAACGGGCGGACGGCCUGAAUCGGUCGAAUUGGGCGAUGGUGCUCUGGGGCACUGGCUGGGUGAUCGCAAUGCCGACAAUGUGCUAAUCUGGUUCCACGGAGGUGGUUUCGGGCUGCCCGCCCACAUGGGCUACUGGAAGUUCUAUGCGCAACUAGUGCGCGACCUCAAAGCAUCCGGGAAAAGUGUGGCGGUCUUUGGCAUCACGUAUACAUUGGCGCCGAUCGCUACCUACCCGACACAACUUCGACAGGCAGUGAGCUCCGUGCGGUAUAUCCUGUCGCAACCAAACCGCGACCCGGCAUCGAUCUUCCUCGGUGGUGACUCGGCAGGCGGGAACCUCGUUGGCGGGGUACUGUCACACCUAGCACAUCCACACCCGGAGAUCAAACCACUCCUGCUUAGUGCAAAUCUCGGCGGCGCGGUGAUGAUUGCACCGUGGACACUACUAGACACGACAUUUCCGGGGAUGGAAGUCUACCAUGGCGGCGAUAUUAUCACGACGGCGGUGGCAGGGCCGUGGGCGACAGCGUACAUCGGUCCGAGCAAACGAGACUAUUACACGGAUCUGUCGAAUGCGCCGAUGGGUUGGUUCACGAAGUUCCCGGUGAACUCGAUGCUGAUCACGGCCGGUGGGAAUGAGAUCAUGUUGCCUCUGAUCCAGGACUUUGCGACGAAGGUGAAGGCAGGGUUUGAGAAUGUGGAGCUGUUUAUUGGGCAUCGCGAGUGUCAUGUUGCGCCGUUCUCCAAUAUGGAGCUUGGGGAUGCGACGAAGACGGAGCAAGGGAAGCGGAUUGAGACUUAUUUAGGAGAGACGAUGGUUUAG